UCCACUGGGGAACGACCUGUGAGCCGCUAAAAAUAGGGAAUACUAUCGAAGACACCAUGACAGGUAAACAAGGAGCUGUGCUAUCGGAAACGUUGAAUAUAUCCAAAACGUCCUCUCUCGGUGCUAACAGAGGUAACAGCCUGCAUCAACAAUCAAAGAACAGCGCCACGCACCCUCCCAGAUGCACGGGAUUCGGGAUCCAGGAGAUUUUAGGGCUGAAUAAAGAGCCUUCGGUGGACCCGAGGAGCACCCUGCAGUCUCGGCCAGCUGGGGCGCACCUGCUUGCCGCCAGGUCAAUGCUUGGUACCGCUGGUGUAGGAGUUGGGAUGGGAUUAAUCGGGCCUGGAGGGAUUCCGUCGUUCUACAGCCAACCAGCGUUUUUGGAGGUCCUGCAGGACGCUCAGAACGUUCACCUGCAGCCCCACAACAGAACUGUGGGACCUCUGGACCACAGCCAGUCCGCCAGUUCGGACUCCGAAGAUCUUUCGUCGAACGAACGAAAACUCUCAAAGAACUCAUUAAGCCAGAGCAAGAAACGGAAGAAAAGACGGCACCGAACCAUAUUCACAUCUUACCAGCUCGAGGAGUUGGAGAAGGCCUUUAACGAAGCCCACUACCCUGAUGUGUAUGCACGGGAGAUGCUGGCUAUGAAAACAGAGCUUCCUGAGGACAGAAUACAGGUCUGGUUUCAGAACCGCAGGGCUAAAUGGAGGAAGAGGGAGAAGUGCUGGGGUCGCAGCAGUGUGAUGGCAGAGUAUGGGCUGUAUGGGGCCAUGGUCCGUCACUCCAUCCCCCUACCAGAUUCUAUCCUCAAGUCCGCCAAGGAUGGCAUCAUGGACUCUUGUGCCCCAUGGCUGCUUGUUCAAGAUGGCUUUCCAAUCAGCAGACGCUUUUCUAAAUCCGAAUACCCCCAAUUCUUUUCAGGGAUGCACAAAAAGUCCAUGGAGACCACAGUCAUCCAGCCAGCAGGGAAGUCUGACGGUUCCCAGCAGCCAGCCAUUCAGAGGGGAGAAGAAUGCGACGUGGAGGAGAAGAGGGUGGAGGGCAAGUCACCCAUCUCCAAAGAGGAACUGAGGGAGAACAGCAUCGCAGCACUCAGGGCAAAAGCACAGGAGCACAGUGCAAAGGUGCUUGGGACUGUUACAUGUGAGAGACCAGAGAGCAAAGUGGAGAGACAGGCAGCAGAGGAAACAUCUAGUGGCCCUUUGAGUCCACUGGAAGAGCCCAAGAGUCCAUAGACCCUCACUUUGUAAAGACUUUGCAGUGCCCUUGACUGUGCUCUAAACAUCUGUAUGGACUCAACUAGAUCGAUCAGUGUUAUUCAGUGUUCUCUGAGAGAUUUUUUACAUGUUAAACUCAUCCUAAAUCUCUAUUAUACUGUUUUAAAAUGACCUUCUUUAAACUGGUCUUCCCAUUGGAGAGAUAAAAUAACUGAAUUAGUCUCUUAUUGACUAAGAAAAACACCAAUGCACUUUCUGUCUUUCUUACCCCCCGACAUUCAUACAGAUAUUGUUGCUUACAGUGGGGAAAAAAAGUAUUUAGUCAGCCACCAAUUGUGCAAGUUCUCCCACUU